GGUCAAACAGUGUAAUCGCAGCAGUAUUGGGACAAACAGCUCACGGUUUGACAGGUCACCGCUGCUCUCGUGUUUACCUCCGCGCACCUUGUCUCUGCUGCAGUUUGGGCCUAAAUUAAGACAUUUUCAAGCUUUUUAAACGCCAUGAAAAGGCCAAGUUGGCUCUUAACUUGUUUGUAAAUAAUAAAAAUGCCAUAUGCACGUUAUCCGGGGCUAGAAGAUGGCGGAGUCGGAUGGUGGUGGGGAUUUUGCGACGAUACUUUCCCAGAACAGUAUGGCUAACAAGAAUCGCACGCUGCGCUGUACCUUCUCAGCCCCCAGCCACAGCACCUGUCUGCUCCAGGGCCUGUCUCUGCUCAGGGCAAGGGGACAACUACUCGACGUGGAGCUGUCCAUAAAUGACGAGCGCUUCCAUGUUCACAAAGCUGUUCUGGCCUCCUGCAGCGACUACUUCAGGGCGAUGUUUACUGGAGGCAUGAGGGAGUCAAACCAGGACACCAUAGAACUGAAAGGCUUAUCGGCACGAGGCCUGAAACAUAUCAUAGACUUUGCCUAUAGCUCGGAGGUGACGCUAGACCUCGACUGUAUUCAAGACGUGCUAGGGGCUGCGGUGUUUCUGCAGAUGGUUCCCGUGGUUGAACUUUGCGAAGAAUUCCUGAAGUCUGCGAUGAGCGUGGAAACAUGUUUACACAUCGGUCAAAUGGCCACAACAUUUAGCCUGUCUUCCCUUAAAGAAUCCGUGGAUACUUUUACUUUCCGUCACUUCCUACAGAUUUCCGAGCAGGAGGACUUUUUACACAUUCCGAUGGAGCGUUUGGUCUUCUUUCUUCAGAGCAACAAACUAAAGAACUGUAGUGAGAUUGACUUGUUUCAUGCGGCGAUUCGUUGGCUCCAGUUUGAUGAUUCCCGGCGUGUUCAGGCCAGUGAUGUCCUGUGUCACGUGCGGUUUCCUCUGAUGCGUUCGUCUGAGCUGGUGGACAGUGUGCAGAAGGUGGACAUCAUGGUGGAGGACGUGCAGUGUCGUCACUUUCUCCUCGAAGCCUUUAAUUACCAAAUCCUUCCUUUCAGACAGCACGAAAUGCAGUCCCCUCGCACCCUCAUCCGUUCCGACGUCGUGUCUUUAAUCACAUUUGGAGGGACACCGUACACUGACCACGACCGUACGGUGAGCUCCAGAGUCUACCACCUCCCCGACAUCUCCGCGCGGCAGUUUAAGGAGCUGACGGAGAUGGAGAGUGGGUGUAGCCAUGCCUGUGUGGCGGUGCUGGAUAACUUUGUGUAUGUGGUGGGAGGGCAGCAUCUGCAGUACCGCAGUGGAGAGGGAGCUGUGGAGAGCUGCUUUAGAUAUGACCCCCAUUUGAACCAGUGGCUGCGUAUUCAGUCCAUGCAGGAGGCACGCAUCCAGUUUCAGCUUAAUGUGCUGCAUGGGAAGCUGUAUGCCACCGGGGGACGUAAUCGCUCUGGAAGCCUGUCCACUGUGGAGUGCUACUGCCCAAAGAAGAAUGAAUGGACAUAUGUGGAUCCUCUGAAGAGGAGGAUCUGGGGGCAUGCUGGGACCACGUGUGCUGAUAAACUCUAUGUCUCUGGUGGUUAUGGCGUGUCUCUAGAAGAUAAGAAAGCCCUGCACUGCUACGACCCGGUGACUGACCAGUGGGAGUUUAAGGCCCCCAUGACGGAGCCACGUGUGCUGCACGCGAUGAUCAGCUCCAGAGAGCGCGUGUACGCUCUGGGUGGGCGUAUGGACCAUGUGGACCGCUGCUUUGACGUGCUGGCGGUGGAGUAUUACACUCCCGACAAUGACCAAUGGACCACCCUCACCCCCAUGAGGGUGGGCCAGUCUGAGGCGGGCUGCUGCCUCCUGGACCAGAAGAUCUACAUCAUCGGAGGAUACAACUGGCACCUGAACAACGUCACAAGCAUCGUACAGGUCUUCAACACAGACACAGAGGAGUGGGAGAGGGACCUGCACUUCCCAGAAUCCUUUGCAGGCAUUGCUUGUACACCAAUUAUACUUCCACAAACCACACAGCGCUAAGCUAGCUGUCAGACCGCUCCACUGUGAACAUGUGCUCUUUCAAUGCUGUGGCUUCCAAUGUGUUUCAUCUGAAACAUGACUACAUACUGUAGUGUGUCACUGUUCAGGGUUCUAGAAAAUACGAUAGAGCUAUUUCACUGAUAACAACUGUGUGAACAAGAUGUUUAUGUUGAACCGUGUAAAUUAAAAAUGAUCUGAUAUUGUUAAGCUCAAAUAAUGGCAAGAAAUCACACUCUGACAAAGAUGUGGCAGCUACUCUGAGCCUACUGCAUCAUCUCUCCAACCACACGCUUCAGAAGUGACUUUCCUAUGUUGCACAAGCACAAUGUUCGUUGAGUACAACAGGAGUUGAACCAUCAAACCUCCAGUUACAGGGUGACAGCUGUACCAACUGAUUCACUGUUGUUCCAAUGACAGUACAUACAUUUUACCACAUUAUAUUGGUAUUAUUGUACAGCCUGUUUCAUGUAGUGUCUGUUUUUGGACACAACAUGGUAGAAUAUCAAAUUACAACUACUCAAAAAACGCAUUAACCAUAACUCUGGAGAGAUUACUGCAUUACUUCUACAUUACAGGGAAACAUUUUGGUCACAAAGAACAACUCACUAAACACACAAAAUGUACUUAUUUAUGAAAACGUCUUAAAGUAAUGUUAAUGUGUUUGGCUUCAGUAUUCAUAAUCCAGUCAACUUGAACAGCUGUUUUUGUUUUUAUUUUUUAUGCAAUCGUACUUUUACAGGGAUCACUACAGCUUUAAUGUUGAUUUUGCUUCGUAAUAUGUAUCAAUUAUUUAGACCUUUGAUUGUUGGGUAUUUUUGUACUAUUAUAUACCACACUUUGAACACUUUAAGACUUGGUAGUAUUUGAUUAAAGGUCUUAUCACGACUACAUACAAGCGCACAGUAAAUUGCACAAAUAACAUACUUCCAUUUAAACCCACUGCCCUGUGUUUUAAAGUGCGUAUGACAGGUUAGGCUGCUCAUUUCAUGCUUUUUUUUUUUGUAAUUCUGGCAAAGUUUAUUAUUUUACUUGUAAUUUUACUUGUUAUAAUUGUAAUUCCAUAACUUACCUAGAAACUAUACUGUUAACAAGGGCCAAAACAUGUCUAAAUUACACAAUAACUAUGAUUAAACUAAUACAAAUAAAUGACAACACCUUUAUUUCAUUAAAUCAGUGUUUGAUCUAAAUUUUCCACACUGAUGACAUAGGUAGAGGUAUUCUGUUUUAGGAUUUUUGCACGUUUCUUCUCAACUUUCUUCCACAAACCACUGCUACUUAACUGAUAUAAAACUGUUAAAUAUUUACCACAGCUACUAUCCCACCAAACGGAGUCAGAAUUAGAAAAAACAAAAACAUGAAAACCUGUCAUACGCACUUUAAAUUGUCUUCUGUGGUUAUCUCAUGGCAGCUGCAUCAGUCUUGUCCUGUGCGUGUGUGGGAUGGGCGAUAUAUCGGUUACAAUAUCAGUCUGAUAUUGGAUGGUUUUCCACAUUUUGCCGAUAUAUAUAUGUUUUUUUCUAAGCGGAUUUGUCAUUUUGAACAGACCAAAUGAGUGAAAAUGGAAGGGAACUUGGAGACUGCAGGUUUACACAAUCAUGCAACACAAGUUAAUUUUUGAUUGUUAUUAUAACUUAACAUAAACUUGUGGGUCAUACGAGGGAUUUAAAAAAUAUAUUGGUUAAUGGGCACAAAUAUUGGUUAUCAGUAUCGGCAAAAAACUAAAACAAAAAAAACACAUCGAACCGUCCCCACUUGUGUGUAUCUAAAAUGUGUGUUGUUGGUCUUGAUGUUGAACAAUGUCAUUUUCCCCACAAGAAUGUUACACAAAUUGGUAUUUUAAAGAUGCACUUUGUAACUUCCGUCUGCUUGUCUCCAUGGAGAUGUUAUUGCUUUGCCUGGAAUGUUCCACAGUAUGGCAUUAAACAUAUCUAGCUUCCAUUAUUCUCAGUUACAGCAGUUUUUAUUCCAAAACAAACAAUACUUGAUAUGAUUGCCUCUGGGCAUUUAAAGUUCACUGUGGGACAUUCAAAGCAAUAACACCUCCAUGGAGACAAGCAGAUGGCAGCAUCUCCACCAGAAAAGUUACAUAGUGCAUCUUUAAGGCACAGCUACGUGCUAACUGUAUUGUUGCACUUUAAAAUGCAGCACAGAUCUGUGCUUGUCGCUAAUGGUAUUAUCUGUGUGUGUCAUAUGUGUGUCAUGUGUGUAAUAUGUGUGUAAUGUGUUGACGGUCCAAUAUGGCCGCUGUUGUUCUCUGUUAAAUGUGUUGAAUGUGGGCUCAGUCUGCGUUCCUGUUUGCCUUAGUGUCUGUACUGUCUAACCUGUAGCAGAAAAGCACAUUAUGAUUGAAGUUAAGUGCAAUAUUAAAACAAACGUCAACGAGGAAUGUAGACCACUGUAUAACUCUAUGUGCAUCCUUUAUUAAAGAUGUGUUUAAAACGGU